UCUUGCAAGGGUUGGAGAGGAUGUUUAGAAAGUUACCCUGAAAUAGAGAUGCAUGCUUUCUGUCCAGUGAUAGUUUGUGCAUGCCUCAGUAUUUAAAGGGGAGCAGAGGAAACAUUCACAGGUUAGUCACCUACAUUUUUGUCUAUGAAGACUUGAUAUCCUUAAUCUGUGGUGCCAUUAUCAUCUGGUGUUUUGCUGGCAGCUUUGAGAAGAAUGUGGGCACUGUGAAGCACUGCUUCUUCACCGUUGCGUUUGCUGUCCUCUCAGCCCUCUUGUACCUCUUACUUGAGGCUGUUGUCUCCAGGAUGGCAGAGGUGGAGGAUGCCAAAGGAUUCAUGCCAGUAGCUUUCGCUACACUGGGCGUGUCCACCACCCGCUCACGGAUGAAGAGGGCUCCGGUUUUGGGGGUUAGGAUCCCCGUGGUGCUGGUGCCGUGGUUUAUGCUCUGCAUGGCGUGGUUUAUCCCCCACUCUUCUUUCCUGAGUAACCUGUGCGGGCUUUUAGCUGGGGAAGCCUAUGGUCUUGGAUACUGUUUCUGCUUGGAUUUUCCAGAGUCAGUGGGCUCUAAGCUGGAUCGGAUGUUCCCUUUCAGUCUGCUAAGGAGAAUUCCGGGGCUGAAAUAUAUCCCAGGGUCCUUAGCAGAGAGAAGAGCCUCUGAAGGCAGCAAGAUUAACCCUGUGCCAGGCUCCUACCCCACCCAAAGCUACUUCUGCUCUUCGCCUCCGGCUCUUCCUGCUUUCCAGAUGCAGCACUCCAGCGUCCAGAGCCAGGGAUUUCAGCCGAGCUAUGCUCUGGGAUACAGCCCUGCUCUGGCACAUGAGGGAUCUCAGGCCAGCUGUGCUCCAGGAUACGGCCUCACUUCUUCGCCCUAUCAAACCGGAGGUGCCUUUGGAGACUGCUACAUCCAGACCCAUGCUGGAGCCUCGCCUGGACAGUGCUGCCGGCCAGCCGAGUCUUCUCCCCACCAGCGUCUGUGCCUGUGUGCUUCACAGAUACCUGUGGGUAUAGAGCACCAGGCUGCGGUUCCGCAGGCAUCCCAGUAUCCAACAGAGCUCUCGAAAGUCCAGGUGUUCUGA